UGGGCCGGGGGCUCCGACGGGAGCUCUCCCCCCGGCGCCCGGCAGGGGUCGCUGCCGCAGGAGGCCGCGGGCCGGGGGAGGCGGAGCCGCGCGGGUCAGAGCCGCCGCCGGAGCCGGGCCAUGGAGGAGUUUCACCCCCACAGCGACGAGAUGAUCUUCAAUGCUGAGGAAGCCCAUAACAUUGUUAAGGAGUGCAUAGAAGGGAUUUUGGGCAAGGUAGAUUACAAUCACAACAAAGUCAAUCAGUGGACUGCAACUAUAGUGGAGCAAUCUUUAACACAUCUGGUAAAACUAGGAAAAACAUACAAAUACAUUGUAACCUGUGCAGUGAUGCAGAAGUGUGGCGCUGGUCUCCACACAGCAAGCUCGUGCUUUUGGGAUACCACAACUGAUGGGACCUGCACAGUGAGAUGGGAAAACCGGACUAUGAACUGCAUUGUCAAUGUUUUUGCUGUUGCUGUUGUCCUGUAGCUGACUGGAGUACAAAUAUUAAGUUAUACCAAAGCCUUUAAGAUCAGAAAGUAUCAAAAUCUCAAAGCAUAUUGCCAUUAUAUAAUACUGUUUGUGCACUAAAGAAAAAGGUAUGAACAUGCUGUAAAGUCCAUUACGCAAAGUAUACAUUCUGAACAAAUUCUUUCAAUUUAACUUGUGACAACUGGCUUUCCUUUAGCAAAUUUUAGCAAUUUAAAUAUUCCAGAUUGAUAUGUUAAACUGGAGCUGCCAUGAUAUUUAUCAAAUGAGAGUAUGGAUAUUUGCAUCAAAAGAUUAUAUCUAUAAUGCAAGUGAAAGUGAGACUAGCACAGGUAAGCAUACCUAGAUUAAGGCAAGCAUGGGUAACACAAUAGUAUAGAUGUGACUGCAUGGCUAGCUGCCCAAAUACAAACCCACGAGUGAGCCCGGGUAUGUACUCGGGUUGCUAGCCCAUGCUGAACCUGUGCCACCAUGUCUACACUAUUGUUAUCCAUACUAUCUAGAUUAAAAACCAACACAGGCCUGCCUACCCACACUACAGUGACACCUUCACCUGCAAUGUAGACAUAGGCAACUGACACUUUACUCACAGGGAGAUGGAGUAAUUUAAUCAGCAAAAGGGAGAUGAAAGGAUACAAGCUUUAAGAAACAGCCAGAUUAAAAUACAGUUGGGAACAGACUAGGAAUAUAUUACAUUUACAAUAUUCCUAGUGUUGAAUGAUAAGUAUCAGUGCCUCAUAUCUGAUUAAACAAGGCUAUUUCUAUAUUAUGCAUUGAUGCUGCAUGAACACCAGUUACCUGAUCAAGUGUAAAAAGCCCAAACAACUUAUACAUUUAUGCUUCUCUGCUUGGGGAACAAAAUGACUUCAUCAUGCCAAAGCAUUUAUUUCUUCAGUGGACUCUAGUCCUUUUAAAGGGCAUGAUAUUUCUUCAAAUACCAUUUGGAAUGUUGUCAUUGAAUUAAGUGGAAAUAUGAUUGGGUGCACUGUUCAUUAGCACUCAGUGCAUAUGAAUAUAUAUUUCUUAAGAGGAAUUCACCAAAUUAUAGAACUAGUUUAAUCUGACCUGGCCCGAUUGGUUCAGUGACUAGAAGAAUGUAGGAAAACUCAUGACAUGAGCACCUUGCACAUUCCUGAUCCAGUUUAAGUAGGUGUCUUUCCUAACAAAGAAUCCAAUUCUACAUCCCUUGACCUCAGUAGAAUCAUGUAGAAUUAAAUAAAUGAGUUUGUGUAGGUAGGAGAUGCCCACAUUUUUAAAAGGGCCUUAUUCUCUCUAAGCACAAAUAUACAAUACAGAACAUAUUCUUAAAUUAUAUUUAUAAAAGUAUUGCCUAUACUCCCAAGUCUAAAACUGUGUAAUAAGUAUAAAGUAGUAAAAAAUUAGCAACAUAACUAAGGCCCCCAUCUUGCAAACAAACAUUCACACAUGUGCUCAGUUCACAGAUAUGAGCAAUCCUAUUACACGAGACAGUCACAGGAUUAGUAAAAUUAUUUGUUUAUGUAAGCAAUUAUAGGAUUGGGGCCUACAUUUUAGUCAAUGCCUAAAUUAUGUAAAUAGUCAAGUAUUUGUACUGAUCAUAAAAAGAUCCAAGUUGUUACUGCCACUGAGUGGCAGCCUUUUUAAGUUCUGCCAUAUCUCAAACAACGCUUAAAAAGAUUUUUUUUUUCUUAUUUACUAUCUAUUCUAAAGAUAUGCAGUAACUAUCUAAUAGUUGCUAUAAAUCUGCUUUGCAUUUUAACAUGGUCUUUGAAAGCACUGCUUCAAUAUUAUGCAAUUCUGAUUUAUUUAUUUUUAAUUAUUUUUCACAGUCACUCUGAUUUGGUCAAAUGGCAAAUAUAUCCUUUAAAAAAAAUGGUUACAACAACCCUGGUUCUUCAAACUGUAUUUGAAAUUGCUACAAGGCUCCAAAAGUUAGAACCUACAUAUAUCUAGAAUACACAGUGCUAGUUCACAAUCCAUUGCUUGGCAGGCAUAAAUAAAAUAGAAUUCAGCUUGUAUAUGAGCACAAAGAGUUAAGCUCUAGAAUAUUGCAUUUGUCUAAGAGGCAGGUAUAGUAUGAAAACAUUUGCAUGGUGCACUGAAUUUCAGAUAUAUAAUAAAGUAAAAUAAGAAAGAUUUGGUUUAAGGGCAAGAUGUGGAUGGGUAAAAAUAUAGGGACAGCUGCUAUCCCAUUAAUUUUAUGAGCUUUAGCUGCCAUAACUGGAAUAAAUAUUCCUAAUAGCCAUUAACUUUGUUAGUCUUUUUUGCUGUACUUGAAGAUAUGAAGUGACAUCUUAUUCAGUGUAACUAGGCUUGGUGGAGUUCCACUAUGGAAAAGCUCACUAAACAGUUUUAAAAUAUUGAUUGUUGUAAAGUUACUUCAUUUUAUUUCUACCAAAAAUAAAGAUAUUUGCCUUGGCUGUA